UCUGCCCUGCGUCCCUCCCGCACUGCCUGUAGGUAAGCGUUGGAGCUUGGAGCUGAGGGGCGGCCCGGGAGCGCUCGCUCCGCCAGUGGGCGUUCUCCGGCGGCCGGGGCUGGCGGCGACACUGCGGCGCUUCUCGCUGCCGCCCGCAGCCGCGCACGCACGUACGGGGCAGCGGUGGCACCGCUGGAAGGAAACGCGGAUCGCUUUUUUUUUUUUUCUUUGGCUCUGCGUGUAAGGUGGGAGCAUGAGGACCGGAGGACUUUAAAAAAGGGGAUCGGAACCGCUUCGCGCUCGGCGGCGCCGCGUUCCCCUCCGGCCUAAAGGGGGACCGGGAUGUGAGCUCUCGGGGGUAGGAGCCGCGCUGCGGAGGAGACCGUGCUCGGGGCCGCUGCGAGGGAGCCGAGGGCCGAGAGGCGGCGGCCGCCUCUCGCUGCGUUCCGUCCUCUCUCGGCUUCUCCCGUUCCCGGCGCUGCGCCGCCUCUCCGGCGUCCUGCCUUAAACUGCCGCGCAAGGGAGGGCCGGGCGGAAGCAUGUCCAACCCCGAGGAGCGGCUCUCAUCCCGCCCCCCGGCCCCCCUGGCUGCGGCGCCCGGGGAAAAGCCCGGCUCCGGCCGCCGCCCGCCCCACUCUCAUGGCCGGGGCGGCGGAGGUGGAGGCAGCGGCGGGUCUCCUCCCCCCCCGGCGCCCGGAGGCAGCUCGGUUGCCCGCAGCUCCCUCGCUCUACUCCUGACAGCCGCCGCCGGCAGCAGCAGCGGGAGCCGCGCUGCAGGGACUGCCCCCGCCGCCUCCGCCCGCAUCGGCCCCGCAGCGGCGGCGGCUCCUCUCCGCGCUCCAAUCCCCUCCUUCUCCUCCGCUUCUCCAUCUUCGUUUUACUUCUUGCCGCCGCCUCCUCGUUUCCCCUCCUCGUCUUCCUUUAACCUCACGAGUCUCCAAGGGAGGGAAGGAGGAGGAGGAGGAAGAGAUGCUGGCGGAGCGGCGGCGGCUCACUUGAUCGCCCAUCCAGGCGGCGGCGGCGGCAGGAGGAGACUCUUCUCUUCUCCCUCCAUCCAGGGCUCGCUGUUCCGCUCCGCGGCCGCCGGCCCCCGGCAGCACCAUCCGCGGCUCCUCCUCCCCGCGGCCGCCUCUCGCCCGUGGUCCUGCGCUUUCCUCGGCGCUGCAGCGGCGGCCGCCCGCGGCGACGGGAUACGAGGAGGCGACGGCCCCGGCGGGAGCGGGACUGAGCGGCGGCUGCGAGGCGCCUUCUUCUCCUUCUCGUCUCCCCUGCUCCCGGGGCCAGACAUGGAAGAUGGAUCUAAUUCUGCCAGCUGCUUCAGGAGGUUUACGGACUGUUUCCUGAACACAAGUUUAACAGAUGAAAAAGUGAAGGCCUAUCUUUCCCUUCAUCCCCAGGUACUGGAUGAGUUUGUGUCAGAAAGUGUAAGUGCGGAAACUGUUGAAAAAUGGCUAAAAAGAAAAAACAACAGACAGGAAGAUGAAUCGACUCCUAAAGAAGUCAGCAGGUAUCAGGAUACGAAUAUGCAAGGUGUAGUGUAUGAAUUGAACAGCUACAUAGAGCAGCGCCUGGAUACAGGAGGAGAUAACCAACUACUUUUGUAUGAACUGAGCAGCAUCAUUAAAAUAGCUACGAAAGCUGAUGGAUUUGCACUAUAUUUCCUGGGAGAAUGCAAUAAUAGUCUGUGUGUAUUUACGCCACCAGGAGCUAAAGAAGGACAACCGCGGCUCAUUCCUGCAGGGCCCAUUGCACAUGGCACUACAGUAUCUGCUUAUGUAGCCAGAUCCAGAAAAACGUUGUUAGUAGAAGAUAUUCUGGGGGAUGAGCGAUUUCCCAAAGGUACUGGACUGGAAUCAGGGACUCGUAUCCAAUCUGUUCUUUGUUUACCAAUUGUCACUGCAAUUGGUGAUCUGAUUGGUAUCCUGGAGCUUUAUCGUCACUGGGGCAAAGAAGCCUUCCAUCUUAGUCACCAAGAGGUUGCAACAGCAAAUCUUGCAUGGGCUUCAGUAGCAAUACAUCAAGUACAAGUGUGCAGAGGUCUUGCCAAGCAGACUGAACUGAAUGACUUCUUGCUUGAUGUAUCGAAAACGUAUUUUGAUAAUAUAGUUGCAAUAGAUUCUCUACUUGAACAUAUAAUGAUAUAUGCAAAAAACCUGGUGAAUGCAGAUAGGUGUGCACUCUUCCAGGUUGACCACAAAAAUAAGGAGCUGUAUUCAGAUCUUUUUGAUAUUGGAGAAGAAAAUGAUGGGAAACCUGUUUUUAAGAAGACCAAAGAAAUAAGAUUUUCUAUAGAAAAAGGAAUAGCUGGUCAAGUGGCAAGAACUGGGGAAGUCCUUAACAUCCCUGAUGCCUAUGCAGAUCCACGCUUUAACAGAGAAGUAGACCUCUAUACAGGCUAUACAACCAGAAAUAUCCUGUGCAUGCCUAUUGUGAGCCGAGGAAGUGUAAUAGGCGUUGUGCAGAUGGUGAACAAAAUAAGUGGAAGUGCCUUCUCUAAAACUGAUGAGAACAACUUUAAAAUGUUUGCAGUCUUCUGUGCUUUAGCCUUACACUGUGCUAACAUGUACCACAGAAUUCGCCAUUCAGAGUGUAUUUACCGUGUAACAAUGGAGAAGCUAUCAUACCACAGUGUUUGUACUGCAGAAGAGUGGCAAAACCUCAUGCACUGUACACUGCCUCCACAUAUUUAUAAAGAAAUUGAACUGUACCACUUUGACAUCAGUCCGUAUGAGGAUGUCUGGCCUGCCAUUUUUGUCUACAUGGUUCACCAGUCCUGUGGGACGGCCUGCUUUGAACUUGAAAAGCUCUGCCGAUUUACUAUGUCUGUGAAGAAGAACUAUCGUCGUGUGCCCUAUCACAACUGGAAGCAUGCAGUUACAGUUGCACAUUGCAUGUAUGCCAUACUUCAGAACAACCAGGGGCUCUUCACUGAUCUAGAGCGGAAAGGUCUUUUAGUUGCAUGCCUAUGUCAUGACCUGGAUCACAGAGGUUACAGCAACAGCUACCUUCAGAAGUUUGAUCACCCGCUAGCUGCUCUCUAUUCCACAUCAACGAUGGAACAGCACCACUUCUCACAAACUGUGUCCAUCCUGCAGCUGGAAGGGCACAAUGUCUUUUCCAAUCUGAGCUCCAGUGAAUAUGAGCAAGUACUUGAGAUCAUCCGGAAAGCCAUCAUUGCCACGGACCUUGCCCUGUAUUUUGGAAAUAGAAAACAGCUCGAAGAACUACAUCAGGCAGGAGCAUUAAACCUUAAGAACCAAGCACACAGAGACAGAGUGAUUGGACUGAUGAUGACUGCUUGUGAUUUGUGUUCUGUAACAAAACUGUGGCCAGUUACCAGACUGACAGCCAAUGACAUAUAUGCUGAGUUCUGGGCUGAGGGCGAUGAAAUGAAAAAGACAGGUAUUCAACCCAUUCCUAUGAUGGACAGAGACAAGAAGGAUGAAGUCCCUCAGGGUCAAAUUGGAUUCUACAAUGCUGUAGCCAUCCCAUGUUACACCACACUUGCACAAAUCUUUCCUCCAACUGGGCCACUACUACGAGCAUGCAGGGACAAUCUCAACCAGUGGGAGAAAGUAACGAGAGGUGAAGAAGCCUCUAUAUGGAUUACUUCCCAGUCCAUUGCUCCUGGAACCUCAGAUUCAUUUCCUGUGAAGACUGAUGACUGAACAGCAGCAACAGAUUGCUUUAACCCUGAAAGAAUCCAUUUGGGAGCUGUUUUGUUUUUGUUUUGUUUUGUUGUUUUGUUUUGUUUGUUUGUUUUUGUUUAUUUUUUGUUUUGUUUUGUUUUUAUUUGACAAAGGAAAAAGAAAAGCUACAAAAUGCUAACUAGGAAGCAAAUCUGCCUAUGAAGGUAACACCCAUGGUGUUGCCUCAGCUAAAUGACUCUGGCAGCCAAUCUCCUGAUGUACACCAGUGACACAACAUGAACAGAGGGAAAAUGACACCCAGAUGUUUUGCAAUCAGCUAUUAAAAGAGAACUAGCAACUUGUGAAAAUAAAAGACUGGCCUUAACUCAUGGGCUACAUUGCUGAGGCCUUAAUUUAAAACUGAUGGGGGGAAAAAUCUUAGGGGGUACUUCUAAAUUGUAUCUUUCUAGUAAGGGUUUCAAUGGUACUUUUAUUAUAUUGUACUGUGGCUGGCUUUAACACCAGUGUCACUUGGGAGUUCUUGGCUAUAAAUAGAACAAUAUACACAUUGCUAUUGUGAAUGUUUAUGUGUGAUCUACUUGUAAUCAGUUUGAACUCCAGCAGAAUCCUUGGAGACUAUAAUUCAUGCUAAGGUUAUGGUGAAUUCUCUUGCUGCAAACAAUAGGAAAACAACAUUCAGAUUCAAGGUUUACAGUACUUCAUGAAGUUCAUGAUGCACAUUGUCACCCACAAGGCAAACGUAAAGAACUAGACAACUCCUCCCUUUAAACACUGGAAUUGCUGGAUGUUUAUUUCCAAUGAGGAAAGCAAUAUAGGCAUAGUUCUGGUUGGAGUUUUCGUAUCCAUAGGGGCAGAAGCCUCAGAUUAAAAUGUAAAUGUGACAGCAAAGAUUUUUCCUUGCCUAGCUUACCGAUAACUGAAGUCAACAUAUUUAUUUCUACCUGCUGAGUUAUAUUCUGAAAGGUAUUAGAAACAUACCUGAAGUAUGCUAUCUGCUGGAAACAAAAGCCCUGUCAGAAAAGUCAAGCCUCAGAAGAGGAACUGUGGUACCAUCACAAUAAAUCAAAAAAAGUUUUUGUAUAGACUAGCUUUUGUGUUGCACAGUAACACUGCAUGUCUUCUACUGCUCUUUCCCCCAUCCUAAGAUGAGUGAAAUUGGGAAGUUUUUCCCUUUUUUGUUUGCUUUUUUUCCCUUAGUUCAGCAAAAUGUCAAGACUUGGAACUGCCUUUCUCAGCAAAAGAAUAGCUGACAGAAGAAAACUACUCUAAAAUACUGUGUUUACAGUUCUGUGCUUCAGUUAGGCUUCAGCCUUAAUAUUUUAUGCACAGACUUUAGGACCUUACAUUUAAUGCCACUCUUUUGAACUUAGUGCAAUUGUACAGAGUACGUUUCAAGAAACACUUAUUUUGCCUUCAUCUUUCUCUUGAAAAUAAUGAAAAAAAUCUUCGUAUUGAUCCACACGGUAGGUCGCAACACGAUCUUUGUAUACGUUUCACGUACAGCCCAUACUGCAUUAUGUGCUUUUUCACAGAUAAAACACUCUUGUGGUGAUUCUGUGAUAACACAUCCAUUUGUGUAACUGUUAAUAGUAGUGACAAAGACAGAACGUAAGUUCUCUUCUCAUGUCUCUUGAGCUGUAUUGUUCUAAUUAGCAUGCCAUCUUCUGGGUUUCAUUUUGGUGACUUGAACUCUUGAGUUUUGCCUUCUGUUAUGGUCGAGCACAUACCAGUGUAUGUACGUGUGUACAGUAUGUGAUGCAUAAUCACAUAAUGUAUAAAUGCACCUAAGCCUUUGCAGUACAUAGAUAUUCCAGAAGUUGGAAAUUCAAUAUUAAAUUAUAUCGUUUGUUUAAUACAGGUUACCUAGCAGCAGCCCCAUAGUUCUUUUCAGUUGUGUAACCAAUUCUAAGAGCAGAAAUUAACUGUUAACCACAGUAAAUUAAUUUGAGUAAUAAAAAAGGCAGGAAACAACGACGUAGGACAGUAUCUCAUACUGUGUCCCCUUCUUUACUCCUUAGCAGUUCUGCUUUAAUGAAAUCUUGCAGAUGCAGUCUUUCGUCUGCUAAGUACUUGAGAUGUAGUGAAUGGUUCCUAAUUCACAUUGAAGUCAUCCAAAAAUGUAGUGACCACAAAAAUAUUUUCCAAAAUUCAGACACCCCAGCAACUGAACUGAACAUUUUUUCUUGGUGAGUUAUUUGCUGUUAUUCUGCCUCUUCUUUGAAUGCUGAACUUACAACUUUUGCAAAAAAAAUAGUUCUGAUCACACUGUGUCUGUGUUAAGGAGUUCUUAAUCCAUCUUUCAGUCCUUGUCAGCAGCAAAGACAAUUUUGCUAGUUCUGCCACCUACUAUUCCAAAUAUUUCACUGUAUCAUUCAGUUCUACAUGUUGAAGUUUGUAAGUACUGAUCAGAAGAUACUUCCCUAACAAAUUUAUCAAAUUGACAAUAAGUUGUACUUAUUGUCUCAAGUCAAUCACAUGAUUUUUCUAAUACAGAACUCUCCAGACCACUGAAAAUGUGUGUUUGUUAGAGUAUAAUGUCUGUUAGAAUUAAAAACUUUGACUCCAGUGGUUGUGGUUUGCUUUCCUGGUAACUGUGACAAAAAAUUUCUUUUUGUUAGCAGCUAAACUAACAAAAUUAACCAUAGUGGCCUAUAUUUUCUAAGCAAAUUCAGCCUUAGCAUGUAAAGAGUACAGAUUCAGGCAUGCCCUUUUUUUUUUUUUUUUUUUUUUUUUU